AUGCGUUUCACCUCCGUUAUCGUCACUGGCGCCCUCGCCAUCCUGGCCUCCGCCCAGGCUACUUCCACCAGCACUGCCGUCUCCGCCGCCUCUUCUGAGCAGGCUGUCAUCACAGAGUGCCUUAAGGGCUGCCCUGCCACCGACGUCAACUGCCAGUCCAAGUGCAUUUCUGUUCCCAACCCCAACGAGAGCCAGGUAAACCAGACCACCGCUUGUGUUGCCGCCUGCGACAAGGGCGACGGUAGCCCGGAGGACACCCAGAAGUACUCCGACUGCUCUCAGAAGUGCAUCAGCCAGUACUUCUUCAGCGCCGGCGGUACCCCGGCUGCCACCGCCGGCUCUGGCUCCGGCUCCGGUUCCGCCGCCAGCGGUGGCGCCAGUGCUGCCACGGCCUCCGCCUCCGGCUCUGGUGCCGCUGCCUCUGCUUCCGGCACUGCUACUCGUGCGUCUGGCUCCGCCGCCACCGGUACUGAUGCCGCCGCCACCGGAUCGACGACCCCCAACGCUGCCCCCGCCCUUAUCGGCUCCGCCUCUUUCGGUGUUGUCGGCAUUAUCGGCGCCCUCCUUCUUUAA